CAGACUUUGAGAGUAUAUAAUAUUCCACAAUCUGACUGAUUACUGCGUGUGAAGCUGAGAGAGCAGUGGACGUGAAGUAAACGGAUGAAGGAGUCAAAGUGGAAGUGGAGAAGAGAUGGGCGGUGGAUCUUUGCUGCCUGAGCUGAUCGGCUCGGCUAACCCCAGAAGGGUCUAGUGGGUCCUGAGCUGGUCAGUGACGUUGAUGGCGCUUCUCUUUUCUGCCUCGACUUUUGGCUCAUCUCUGGUUCUUGGUCGAGCUUCGUUCCUGAUCCUUUCUUCUUCUCAAGUGAAAUACAAGAGUCGACUCUCAUCCUAAUAUUCUACAACUACAAAUUCUCAAACCCCAAAAGCACUUCACGAUGGCUGCCUCGUCCGUUUCCGCCGCUGUCAACUUCACCCUUCCUUCCUCCAGUUCUGGCUCUUCCAUUAAGCGACCUAUCAAGACAGUCUCUAAGCCUUGUUUUGGCUGCGACUGCGGAGAUGAAGAAUGCGAUUGUUGCGUUUGCACUGUGAUGUGAACCAACGCUCGCUAUUUUACUGGCCAUGUCUAUAACAUCCAAAUGGCCUGUGGGCUAUUUGCCCAAUCUGAUGAUACAUACGACUUUCAUUGGGCG